CUCAGAGCGGAGUACACGUCAUUGAAAACGAGCUAUAACCAGGAAGUGGCUAGUAAGCUAGCAACGGAUAAUGAGCCGCUGAGAAGUUGCUAAUUUGACAGUUAACUUCCAGUUUGCCUGACACUGCUGCACGGAUAAAAACAGCUUCCUGCCCUCUCUGGUUUUCUGCAGCUUCAGAAGGGCAGGAUGGGCAGGCAGAGGAAGAGGGUGGUGACUGGUGAAGCUGCUCCCCCUCCAAGGAAAGAUGAGAAGCCCUCUGCACUUCACCGCAAAGAGAAGAAAAAGAAAGUUGACAUUGGCAAAGUCUUCAUCAACAUCUCCAUUGGCCUCUGCAUAUUCAGCCUGAUUUGGUUCUUUUAUGCUCUGUACAUGCGGUCCAGCCUGGCCAAACGGGUGGUGACCUUGCACCCGUCACCUCCUGUCCUGGAUGCGAACAGCAGCAGUGCCAAGGUUUCCCCGGAGAGGUUCUGGGGUUCAUACAGGCCUCAGGUUUACUUUGGGAUGAAAACCAGGAGUCCCAGAUCGAUUGUGACAGGCAUGAUGUGGAUGCGUCAGUUUUCUGACAUGGAUGUAAACCUGAGGCACACUUGUGAGCAAGGGGAUCGUUUGCAAGGUUAUGGGUGGCUGAUGCAUGACGGGCUCACCUUUGGCGUCCAGGAAAUCCGAGACAAUGACUUCACACUAACCACAGAGUUUGUCAAGAGGUUGGGAGGGGAUCAUGGAGGAGACUGGACCUGGAGGAUCACUGCCAAACAGCAUAGCUCUGCCCCUCAAGCGCCAGUCAUCUCCCUGAUGUUUUACGCUGCAGCAGACACACAGGGCUCGCUGGAGGCUCACGUCGAGGAGAGAAACCGCCUUGCAUCCAUCACUGGUUUCUCAGAGGAGCUUGGAAACUUUAAAAUCACCUUCAGAAAGCCAGUUACGGGGGAAUUAUCCAGUGCUAAAUAUGCCAGUUACAACUAUCUUCAGACUGUCUCUCCUGGCUUGGAGAAGUUGACUGACAUCGUGAAGCACAGUCUGAACCGCAGGUUUGUCUACAGUCCUCCUUCUGGUGAGAAGAGACAUUACAUAGCUGUAGACACCUACAAGCCCCCUCACCACCAAAACCAGCAAAAGCCCGCUGAUGUGAGGAAAGAAAGUGACUUUGUGGUUCACCAGGUGACCGUCCAGAUGCCGUUCCAGAUUGAAGUGUUGUUUGAGUCUGGGAGCUUCCACAACCGUCCCAACCAACUCGUGGGCUCUGUCAUGACUCAGGAGCUGGAGAAGAGGAAGGCUGAGUUUGAUGCAAAAUUUGAGAAGACUUUUGGCCUUGAGAGCAAAAGGUUUAGCCAGGCGCAUAUAAAGUUUGGCAAGGCAGCACUGAGCAACAUGUUGGGUGGAAUUGGCUACUUCUAUGGCCAGUCAGUGGUGCAGUCAGUCUACAAUGAAUACCCGCUCUUGUACCCUGCUGGCGCUUUAUUCACUGCUGUACCGUCACGCUCUUUCUUUCCCAGAGGGUUUCUUUGGGAUGAAGGCUUUCACCAGCUGCUGCUGAGCAAAUGGGAUCCCCAGGUAACAAGAGAGGCUAUUGCCCACUGGAUAGACCUCAUCAAUAUCGAGGGCUGGAUCCCCCGUGAGCAGAUCCUGGGAGACGAGUCUCGGAGUAAAGUCCCAGCUGAGUUUGUAGUUCAACACAAUGAGAAUGCCAACCCACCUACUCUUUUCUUAGCUCUUCAGGAACUUAUUGAACAGCUUUCCUCGAAUCCAGAGAAGGUAGAAUCUGAACCAACCUUGCCUUUUCUCCGACGGCUCUUUCCCAGACUGAAAACCUGGUUUGAAUGGUACAACACCACGCAGACAGGGCCCUUACCCAACUCUUACCGCUGGCGUGGACGCGACAAGGACACUAAUGUUUUCCUCAAUCCCAAGACCCUGACUUCUGGGCUGGACGACUACCCCCGGGCUUCACAUCCAUCAGCAGAUGAGCGCCAUGUGGAUUUGCACUGCUGGAUGGCCUUGUCCUCAGGCACCAUGGCAAGUAUAGCCCGACUUCUUGGUGAGCCCCAUCAGGACUAUGAACUCACCCACCAAGUGCUCAGUGACAACAACCUCCUGAAUGAGCUCCACUGGUCAGAACAACUUCGUGCUUUCAGUGACUUUGGGAACCACACACAGGCAGUGUCCUUGCAGCAGGAGAAGGUGUAUGUGCCCCCUGGACAGCCACGUCAUCAGUUCCCUAUGACACGCCUUGUGCGCUCAGUCCGCCGAGCCCCCAAGCGCCAGUAUGUUAAUGCUUUGGGUUAUGUUAGCCUGUUCCCUUUUUUACUGCACAUUCUUACACCAGACUCGCCCAAACUAGAACAUAUCUUCCGUGACAUGAGAGACUCCAAUAAGCUGUGGACGCCCUAUGGCCUGCGUUCACUCUCUAAGGCCGAUCCACUAUAUAUGAAGCGAAACACAGAACACGAUGCCCCCUACUGGAGGGGACCGAUAUGGAUCAACAUCAACUACUUGGCAGUCAGAGCUCUGCACCACUAUAGCAACAUAGAAGGGCCAUACCAAGAGAAGGCAGCUGCUCUCUAUGAGGAACUCAGGACUAACAUUAUCAGUAAUGUUUAUAGACAGUAUGUUGAAACAGGGUAUAUCUGGGAACAGUACAAUGAUAGCACUGGCAGGGGCCAAGGAAGCCACCCCUUCACCGGCUGGUCAGCCCUGACAGUAUUAAUGAUGGCUGAACAGUACUGAUACUGUAGAUUUCAUCUCAUGUUGUCUAAGAUUUUGGCCUUCAUUUAUCUGGAUGCUAUUGAAACAACAGCUUGUUCAGGGGUUAAGAUAAAGUAAAAUGUCUUGUCUGGUUGAUGAAACUUUCCUAGCCAUUGAAGCACUUGAAUUGAAAGAUCCAGCUGGAAAAAUAGCUAUUUAUGAUCACAUUAUCACAUUUAACCUUUAAUUAAAAUGACAGGUUUCACACAGAUAUUCUCUCAAGGGCAAUUUCAAACAAGCAUAAGUGCAGCUACCCUGUCUGUGUGUGUGCUUAAGUUAUAUAUUUGAGAUGCAUACAGAAAGCACUUAAAGAACUCCUGAAGCUUUGAGUUGGCAUUAUGGCCUUCGCCGUCUCAGUUCUUUUGAAACAAGAAGCGACCAUAUUUGGACGAGAGGGUGGAGUAGGGGAGGAUAUGCAUUGCUGUGCCUCUGUCCUGACCGGAUCUUGCCAAGAACCCAAGGACAUCAUGUGGUAGCGACUUGCCACUUAAAAAGUUGCCACAUCCAGAAGCCUAUCCUGCUUUAUUGUCUAAUUCACUCUAAAUGGGACCAUCAUUUACAAAAUGAACAUCAUGCUGUAUUGAAGAAGACUUGAAACUAGCAAGAAAGUGUUUACUGAUGUAGUCAAGCGAGAGGUAGGGUCAUUUUCUCAUAAGCUUGCGUACAAUCAAAUUAUUUCUGCAAUCAAUGGAGUCUCCCCCUGCUGGCCAUCAGACAGAAUGCGAGAUUUGACGCAGUGGCUUCACUUUUGGGACAGAGGAUCUUCGUUCACUCAUUACUCUGUCUGUGUUUCAGACAAAUGUAACUCCAUUGCUUCCUUCUGCAGUAUUUUGAUUUGGAAAAUCAAGACAGGUGAUUAUUCAGAUUAUACAGUAUUAUUCUUUAAUGGUCCAGUGUGAUUGCAGAAUCCAAGCAGCUGAACACCCCUCUUCUCACCAUCUCCUAUGGUGUAAGCUAAGGUGAAAAGCAUGAAAAGCCCUCUCUAGAGCAAGCGCUUGUCUGUUCUAGGCCACUGUAGAAACAUGGUGGUGCAACAUGACUUUGAAGGCGUGCUCUCUCUGUAGAUAUAAGAUGGUCAUUUUAACAACAAACCACAAUGAUUAUUAGUUUCAGUUGAUGAUACACUUCACUAUGAAAACACAACUCUGAAUAUUAUAUUCCAUUUCUUCCCCUAAAUCCUACACACUGAACUUCUGAGAUGCAGGAAAUUGCUGGUCCACAUCUCUGAGAGGAAGUUCAUGUUCACACACUGUAUGUGUGGUGUUGUAUAUGAACAACUCUUAGAAGAUUUGUCAGUUUUUAUCUGGAAAAAUAAGUGCAUAAAUCAGCAAGUUGUGCAUUCACAUGACAAAUGAGGGCCAUUAUUUUAUAUUGUGCCAUUUCUCUUAAAUCAUAUGUUCUCAUUUUGAUAUUUAGUUGUUUGAUCAGUCUUUCAAAAGAACGAUACAGUCUGUACAGUCUUGUUCAUCAUUUCUAAAAUAACUGCUCCUAAUAGCAGCCAUAUUUUGUACACACAGCAUUUGACUGGCAGGGAAUACAACAUUGACUGUGACAUGAUUUAUGUUUUGUUAAGAACAAUAAAUGGUUUCAAUAA